ACCCUCGUACUGGUAUACAGAGCUGCUUACCUUCCUUCCCCUCUCCCCAGAUCCCGCUGUCAGACCCUCGUACUGGUAUACAGAGCUGCAUGCCUUUCUUCCGCUCGGCGCCCAGCUGUGUCGGGAGCGAAGCCUUCACCGGGGCCACACCCCACCAUCACCGGGAGCAACUGAACGCCAUCACCUCAUUCGUGGACGCCAGUAUGGUGUACGGUAGCUCCUCCCCCAUGGCUGCGGCCCUGAGGAACCUCUCCUCUCCACUGGGUCUUCUGGCCCUCAAUGACCAGGCCUCAGACCAGGGUCUCGCCUACAUGCCCUACCUGCCUCGCCUACAGGGACGCCUGGAUCCCUGUGGGCCACGAAGCGGGUCUGGGGCCAACUUCACCGGAGCCACAAGUGCCUCUGACACAUCUGCUACUGCACCAACAGAACAGGAGAAUAUUACAUCCUGUUUCCAACUCUUCCUUCUUGUAACUGUAUGUCUCUGGGUCAAACUUCCUGUGUUCUGUUGUCUAGGUGACUCACGGGCCAAUGAGCACCUGGGGAUGAUAGCACUCCACACGUUGUUCCUGAGGGAACACCACAGAUUGGUCAGAGAGCUGCACCUCCUCAACCCUCAUUGGAGCCCAGACACCUUGUACCAGGAGGCCAGGAAGAUCAUGGGGGCUGUCCACCAGAUCCUGACCUGGGAGCACUAUUUGCCCAGGGUCCUGGGUGAGACCCCCACCUCCCUCCUGAUGCCUCCGUACAAGGGCUACGACCCUGAGAUUGACCCCAGCAUCGCUAACGUCUUCUCAGCCGCCGCCUUCCGCUUUGCCCACGUCACCGUGCAGCCGAUGGUGGCCCGCCUGGGCCCCGGGUACAGCCUCGCCCCACAGCACCCACCUCUGCCCCUGCACCACUCCCUCUUCGCAUCCUGGAGGGUCGUACAGGAGGGUUACAGCUCGUGGCGUGGGCUCUGUGGGCCUCUUGUUCCCAACACCACCUCUGACCUUGCAGGUAUUCUGGUAACUCUGGUCUGGCGAGAAGUUCCUGUUGUUGUACGGAACAUCCAGAACAUCGACGUAUGGGUGGGGGCCAUCUCAGAGCUCCCUCUACCUGGGGGCCGGGUGGGACCCCUCCUGGCCUGUCUGCUGGCCAAGCAGUUCAGAGCACUGAGAGACACGGAGACAGUUCAGAGCACUGGAGAGACGGAGGACAGGUGUAUAGACCCGUGCUGCGUGGCCUCCUCCUAUCCCAGCCAAGCUCCAGAUGCCAGGCAGAUGAUGUUCAGAGCACUGAGAGACGGAGACAGGUUCUGGUGGGAGAGAGAGGCUGUGUUCACCGGCACCCAGAGAGCUCAGCUUCACACCGUGUCCCUGUCCCGUAUCAUCUGUGACAACACGCACAUCACACGUGUUCCCUCCGACCCAUUCAGCCGUACGGUCAGCCCAGAAGACAUGCUGGCCUGCAGCCACCCCCUCAUCCCUCACCUUAACCUCUCUGCCUGGAAGGAGCCUGACACAGUUGUGGACCAAUCCCCAGGUUACAGUCGCUUCUCUCUGCUCUGUGACUCCGUCAUCUACUACCAGUGUGGUCCAGGCUAUCAGCUGAUUGUCCAUCCUCUGUGA